GACCGUGUUUCACAAGCGCACAGGCCUUUUUCAGAUUUUGCGGCGUGGGGCGUACACUUAAUUAAGGUGCUAGUUCUAGAAGAAGCAGACGGCGUGAUCGUCAACCAGGAAAUCGACAUCAGGUGAAAGGCCCAAACAGAAGACUUCUGUGUAUCGGAUUAAAACCUACUUGAAAUUAAGACCACCUCCAUUAUUAAGACAGGAUGAAGGUUUUCAUUGCUCUGGUUUUGAGUUUGAUCUCAGUCGCACUUGCCCAGGAGACUUUCUUAUUUCCCAACAAUGGGACAGCUUGUGUCAAGGCCACAUUUGAUGCUGAUUUUGAACUGAGCUUCACUGAUGGCAAUGAAACGUAUUUUGCAAAUUUCUCGCUCCCUGCCGAGUCAGACAUCAGUGUGGAUGGUAGCUGUGCAGUCAAGGAAAAAAUUGCCGGGCUGGACUUGAACAUGACCUCUAACAGCAGUGUUCUAUCCUUCACCUUUACCAACAAGGACGGCAAGGUCAGCGCCGACCUUCAGUUUGUGCUCAACAACCCAAGUGAAAUCUUUAAAAACCUGAAUUACUCAGCUGCUGUCGGUUUGAUUGGACGUGAUGUGGAAUUCUCAGACAUGGGCGGAGUGAACCAGAGUUAUUUGUGCAACGCUGUGGAAAACGUCACCUUGUCCAGCAGCAACGUAACUGGUGUUGAUGCCACUGUCAGCAUUCUCUUCAGCAAGCUACAGAUCCAGGCCUUCAACUUCAAGGGUAACUUCAGCGACCCUGAUGAAUGUACUGCUGACCAGUCCACGACAGUGUCCACCACUCUCCCAACAACGACUCUCCCCACGCCCACGGGCACAGGUCAUUACAACCUGACCGUUGGCAAUGACACCUGUGCAGUUCUGGUGGCCAACAUCACCGUCAUGGUCGACUACACAGACAUGGAAGGGAAAAAAGUUAGUCGUGAAGUGAUGGUUCCAGCUGAUGCCAAUGUAACAGGAUCUUGUGGUGGAGAUACAAUUGACAUGACCUUGAACAUGGCUGAGCAGGACGACUCUGAGGUCAAUGGCACACUCACUUUCACUUUCGAGAACGACAAGGGUUACACUCUGCUUACAGAAUGUGGAUUUUCAUUCAGUUUUAAUGACAGUGAGUUUUGUUUAUUGUUUUAUUUGAAAACUCAAAUAAAGGAAUGUAAGGAAAACAACUCUGAAAAUGAAGUAGACAUUAGUGCAAAGGCUGUUGUGGUUUUUUUCUUUAAUUUGAAUGUUAAAUUUAGUCGUAUGCUUUCAGUGUGUGGUGGAGGUCUCCAUGGUCUGCGGGGUUAACAAGCCAGCGCGGCACUAUGAUCCAGGAGCCUCUCACCAAUGCAAUCGCUGUGAGUUCAAGUCCAGCUCAUGCUGGC